AUGGUGCACUGCCCCGCGUGCUCCUCGUACCUGAGGUCGCGGCGGUCGUGGAUCCGCGUCGCGCCAGACUCGGCAGAGCUCAUGCAGAUCCUCAUCCGCCGCAUCGACCACCACACCGCCCGCCACAGGGUCCCCACUGAGCCGCCACACUCCAACUCCGAACGCCUCACGCUCUGCGUCUGCCUCCGCUGCGAGACCACCGACGGCAUGGUGGUGGAGGAGGACCACGUCGUGGAGUUAGUCGUCCACGACCGCCUCUACGAUGCCUAUGGCAUGGCCCUAGCCUGGGCCACUGGCCCCGACCAGCAGGAGGCGUCCCGCGCGCUCGGCAGCCUGGGGCCGCUCGUGCUCUGCGUCAAGGUCAGCAAAUCGGUCUCGCUGCUCGACACCAACUGCAUGCGCCUCGUUGCCAUGAGCAUCGCGGAGUACGACCGGUACAGGUUCGAGCCCCUGCUCAGCAGCCGCCGGCUCGUGGAGUACGUCGUGCUCGACGUGGAGCUGGAUCUGCUCCAUCACGACGUCUUCGUCCCGUACCCGACUGCAUGGGUGCAGAUCGCCCGCGCGUCGGACUUGGGCAAGAACAACACCAUCUUCACCGUGAAGACGCAUAUCGGCUGGCGGCUGAACCCUGGGGACCAUGUGCUAGGGUACGACCUCUGCAACGUCAACUCUUGUAACAACCACGACCUGGAGAGCUAUGGGCAGCGGCACGAGUUACCUGACGCGGUGCUUGUCAAGAAGAGGUACAAAAGGAGCGCGGGUAAGAUGAUGCAGGAGCAGGACGGCAGCGGCAGCGAGCGAGGCUGCGCUGAGAUUGAAGAACUUGCCAUGGGUAUUGGAUGCAUUGAGCUGAAUCCGUCCGACGACAAGGAGCUCGAUGAACUGCUCGAGGACCUCGCCAUUUGA